AUGGCCUUCUCCCCGGCCACCACCGCCACAGCCGCGCGCGCGGCGGGCGCAUUCACCUCGGGCCGCGUCUCGAGCUCGCCGCCGCCGUCGCUGUCGUCGCCGUUCCUCCCGCGGGUGGCCGGCGCGAUCGUCGCGAGGAGGGGAGGACGCGGGGCCCGUGCGGCGGCCUCGCCCGUGCGCGCGCAGGCCGCCGGAGCCGCGAAGAAGAACGUGCUGGUCGUCAACACCAACAGCGGAGGCCACGCGGUCAUCGGGUUCUACUUCGCCAAGGCGCUCCUCGCGGCGGGGCAUGCCGUCACCGUGCUCACCGUCGGCGACGAGGGCUCCGACAAGAUGAAGAAGCCGCCGUUCUCCCGCUUCUCGGAGCUGACGAGCGCCGGGGCCAAGACGGUGUGGGGUGACCCGGCGGACGUCGGCGCGGCCGUCGGCGGAGCGUCCUUCGACGCCGUGCUGGAGAACAACGGCAAGGACCUCGACGCCGUCAAGCCGGUGGCCGACUGGGCCAAGUCGGCCGGGGUCGGCCAGUUCCUGUUCAUCAGCAGCGCCGGGAUCUACCUUCAAACCGACGAGCCGCCGCACGUGGAGGGGGACGCCGUGAAGGAGAGCGCCGGGCACGUCGGCGUGGAGAAGUACAUCGCGGCGGAGUUCGGCAGCUGGGCCUCGUUCCGGCCGCAGUACAUGACCGGCUCCGGCAACAACAAGGACUGCGAGGAGUGGUUCUUCGACAGAAUCGUGCGGAAGCGGCCGGUGCCGAUCCCGGGGUCGGGGAUGCAGCUGACCAACAUCUCGCACGCGAGGGACCUGGGCAGCAUGCUCACGCUCGCCGUCGACAACCCCGACGCCGCCGCCGGGAAGAUCUUCAACUGCGUGAGCGACCGCGGCGUGACGCUCAACGGCCUGGCCAAGAUGUGCGCGGCGGCCGCGGGCGCCACCGUCGAGAUCGUCAACUACGACCCGGCCGCCGCCGGCGUCGACGCCAAGAAGGCCUUCCCCUUCCGCAACAUGCAUUUCUACGCGGAGCCUCGGGCGGCCAAGGAGGUGCUGGGAUGGACGAGCACCACCAACCUGCCGGAGGACCUCAAGGAGCGGUUCGCCGAGUACGCCAGCAGCGGCCGGGGAGAGAAGGCCAUGACCUUCGACCUCGACGACAAGAUCCUCGCCGCCGUCGGGGCGGCGCCGGUCGGCGUCGCCGCCUAG